GGAGGCUCCAUCUGCCCGACUCUCUCCUCAGCAGAGUCUCUUCUCCUCUCACACCACCCACAGACUCCACGUGUGACCAUGUCUGUAAGAGCCCUGAAGACCACCACCCUGUCCACCGUGUCAACCUCCAGGGGCCCCGCCCAAGGUUACAGCAGCCGCUCCUUCUCAGGCUACGGGGGACAUGGCCUGGGGAGUACCAGGCAGAGCUAUGCUGUCCGCAGCUCCUACGGAGGCGUGGGCAGCAGCGGGGCUGCUGUGGGCAUUGGCAGCUACAAGGUCGGUGGGUUUGGGGGAUCGGGACACAGAGGAGGUGGAAUGGAGCUCGGCAUUGUGGGAUUUGGUGGAGGCAUGGCUAACGAAGUGGUGGCCCCCAUUACGGCCGUGACUGUGAACAAGAGCCUGCUGGCUCCCUUGAACCUGGAGAUCGACCCCACCAUCCAGGCGGUCCGCAUCCAGGAGAAGGAACAGAUCAAGACCCUCAACAACCGCUUUGCUUCCUUCAUUGACAAGGUGCGUUUCCUUGAAAACAAAACAAAACAACAAAACAAAAUGCUGGAGACCAAGUGGAAGCUCGUGCAGGAGCAGACCACGACUCGCUCCAAUAUCGACUCCAUGUUUGAGGCCUACAUCGCCAGUCUUCGCAAGCAACUGGACAACUUGGGUCACCAAAGAGUCAAACUGGAGUCAGAGCUGCAACACACAACGGGCCUAGUGGAGGACUUCAAAAACAAGUAUGAAGAAGAGAUUAACAAGCGCAAUGAGUGUGAGAACAACUUUGUCCUCAUGAAGAAGGACUCAGACGCAACCUACAUGGUCAAAGUGGAGCUUGAGGCCAAACUGGAUGGGCUCUCUGAUGAGAUUGACUUCUUGAGGCAGAUCUACGAUGCAGAAAUUAAUGAGCUGCAGAGUCAGAUCAGGGACGUAUCUGUGGUGGUGGAGAUGGACAACAGCCGUGACCUUGACAUGGAUGCUAUCAUUGCCGAAGUGAGAGCCCAGUAUGAAGAGAUCGCUAGCAGGAGCAGAGCAGAGGCUGAAUCGUGGUACCAGAACAAGUAUGCAGAGAUGCAGCAGUCAGCUGGGAAGUUUGAUGACGACCUAAGGUCAACCAGAGCUGAGAUUGCUGACAUGAACCGCAGGAUAAUGAGGCUCCAAUCUGAAAUAGAUAUGGUUAAAGCUCAGCGAAACAGCUUGGAGGCCCAGAUUGCAGAGGCUGAGGAACGGGGUGAGCUGGCUGUGAAGGAUGCUAAGCUCCGCGUCAGAGACCUGGAAGAGGCCCUUCAGAGGGCUAAACAGGAUAUGGCCCUGCAAGUCCGCCAGUACCAAGAACUGAUGAAUGUGAAGCUGGCUCUGGACAUUGAAAUAGCUACUUAUAAAAAACUGCUUGAGGGGGAGGAGACCAGGUUAGCGGCAGGAAUCAAGACCAGUGUCACCAAGCAGACCUCUUUGAACUACAACGCCUUUAGCCUGGAGAGUUCCCGCAUCCCCUCCUACAUCACCUCAUCCUCCAACAGGGCUCUUGCCUCUGCACUGGAAGGAGGAGCAAUAAAGAUCACCAAAAGCGAAGUAGUGGCACACAAGGCUGAGGAGAAGAAGGAGGAGCAGCAGGUCACACCAGAGGAGGCACCUGCUGCUGAGAAGAAGGAGCCAGAGAAGGUGGAGGCUGAAGCUGUGGCUGAAGAGUGAAAUUUCUUCAUGAUUUUGGAGAUUAAAUAAAAACAUCACUCUCUUUA